CAGAAGGCGGCCGAGGAGCUCGGGCUGCCGACGAUAGCGCUCCGGACCGGCAGCGCAGCCUGCUUCAACUGCAUCCUUGCCUAUCCCAUGCUCCACCAAAACGGCUAUCUGCCCCCCGAAGAAUCGCAACUCGACAUGCCAGUGAAGGAGCUUCCCCCGCUGCGCGUGAGGGACCUCUUCCUCUCGAGCAGGGCCGACCAUGACAUGUUAUCCAAAUUUCUGGCCAAAGCAACCCAUGCAGCAAGGAGCUACUCCGCCCUUGUGCUCAACACAUUCGAGGCACUAGAAACAGACGAGCUUGAGAAGAUCCGCGACGAGAUAGGCAUCGCCAUGGUGCUCGCGACCGGCCCUCUCCACAGGCUCUCCUCCAAGACCGAGGGCACAGCAGGGAGAAGCAGCAAUGUGCUUCCGCACGAGGAUCACACCUGCAUCGAGUGGCUGGACACGCAGAUCACGGGGUCGGUAUUGUACGUCAGCGUUGGGAGCCUGGCGUGCAUGGACUCCGGUGAGCUCUCGGAGGUGGCGUGGGGGUUGGCCAACAGCGGCCAGCCGUUCCUAUGGGUCGUUCGGCAAGACCUCGUGCCGGGAUCGGACGGACCAUGUCUACCGAAAGGGUUCGACGAUAUGGUGAUGGGCAGGGGUAGGGUGACCCCGUGGGCCCCACAGCAGGAGGUGCUGGCCCACCGUGCGGUGGGCGGGUUUUGGACCCACAACGGGUGGAACUCGACGCUCGAGAGUGUAGCCGAGGGUUGCCCCAUGAUCUGUAGGCCUCAGUUCGCGGACCAGAUGAUGAACGCGAGAUACGUGGAUGCGGUGUGGGGCAUAGGCUUUGAGCUCGAAGGUGAGCUGGAGAGAAACAAAAUUGGGGAGGCCAUUCUGAAGCUUAUGAAGGGGAGCGAAGGGGAGGCGAUGAGAAAGAGAGCGGGAGAGCUUAAGAAGAAAGUAGCGUCCUGCUUUGAGAGUGGUGGGUCUUCUCUACUGGCCAUCAAUGAAUUGAUUGACCAUGUAUCAUCUUUAUAGUUUUUACACGUUUACUUUAAUUGUUGCAGCUGAAUAAAAACAAAAGUAAUUUCAUUUCUCA